UAAUGAUGACCUUGGCAACACUUUAGUUUUGUUGUUGUGAUCAUUUUUAUAGUAAAAUGUGAAUAAUUACUAUGUGUCUGACGAUUUGUUGGUCAGCCUUUCUCUUGUUUUCUUAUCGAGCAUCUCUUCUUACAAUGUAUAAUCUCGCUGGCGUCUAAAGUACCUUCAACCUUUGUGACUGCGCAGUCACGAAGUUUCUAUGAUUUUGCAAAGCUUUUGUGUUUUUCUGAAAUUAUAGAAUAGCUUAAUUACCUAGUGAUAUUUUGUUCUUCAGUGAGGCGGACAGAGAACUAUUUGAUAGUGUGGUUAAAUAAAAAUGAAUCCUAAAAAUACUGUACAGUAUUUUUUUAUGUGCUCAUAUGCACCUAAAAGUUAUUGAGAAGUCAAUAACCACUUUUAUAUUGAUUAACAACACCAAAAGAUCGUAAGUUAAAUCUUUUCAACGCGAUAUUUAUACAUUAUUAAUGAUUAUCACUUAACCCUUUUUUCAUCAAAAAGCUAAAAAUAACAGAGUGACAUAUUUAACUACUUUUUGAUCAUCGGUCUGGCUAUGCUUUAAUUCUUCAACUUAUACCUACAGUGAAUCGAGAAGAGCAUCAGGCUAGGUCUCCCGGUAGUAGAACUGUGGAAACGGCUAAAUAUCCCUUAAUUUUCAAAUAAAUUUUGACAUUAAUUCUAGCUUUAGUAGUUAGUCAUUAACGCACAAGUCGACUUCCUACCGACGUUAGGUGAUAUGAACCAAAGGGGGUAGCACGUACUCGUGUGGCAGCUCUCUGCAUUUUAUGAAACACUAGACGUUUCAUAUUAUUAAAUUCUUGUUUCGAGUUCUUCAUUUGUAGGAUAUCUCUCGUGUUUAUAGUUCCAUUCAGAUUUCUGUUGUUUUUUGUCCUUAGUCAAUACUCCUACAGGAUUCACAGUCCCCUGGCCUUUCCAAACUGAAUCUUAAUAUGAUUUUCAUCUUGAAGGUUUCCUCUCUCGCCUUACUGAUGAGGUUUGACAACUUAGAAUGUUAUGUAUUUAAGUCAGGUUCUACAUUACCGUUAACUAUAUAUUAGCGAUAACAGUCCACUUUUUAGAUAGUGUUUUCCAUUUCACUUUCCUAUUUUCUAACAGACGACUUUUUAGUUGCAUCAUUAAAUGACUCGAUCCAAUUAUUAUGACGAGAUUUCAUAUUUGAUAACACGAAUCCAUGAAUGCAGGGAAAGGCGUAUGGAACUGAUGAAAGAAUAUGCUCUAAUCCAACACACUGACUCUUCUGGGAGGAAUUCACUUUCAAGCCAAAUAAUUCAAUAUAACAUAAAUUUGAGAAGAAUAGAUGAAAACAUAAGAAAAGUGGAAAGAAGACAUGAAGACUUGAAAUGUCAGUUCGAAAAAAUUAAACAAAAUGCUAAAGAAAAAUCUAUGUUGGAUGUGAAUAAAAUGUUGAAUCAUUCGUUUAAUAACCAGGAACUUCAACAGGUAAUUAAAAGAACAAAACAAAUUUUAGAUGCACAAGAAAUAACAUUGAAAUCUAUAUCAUUUAACAACAACGAUGAUGAUGAAUAUGAUAGUGUUGAUAACAAUAUAAAACAUGAAGAAUUAUACAAAUUAUCGUUUAUUGACCAAACCAGGAUCGAAACACCACAAAAAGAUGGUGAUUAUAACAAAACGGAGGAUAAGAAAGAAAAUGACAAAGAGCUAGGGGAAGAUGAAGAAGAGAAAGAAUUGGGACAAAGGAGACAAAUCAGAGAGAUAACAGAUGGUGUUGAAUCAUCGAAUCCCGUUGUCCAUAAAAUUAGAUCUCCAAUAUUUUCGGAAGAUCUAAAUUAUUCAUCUGAUGAUUUUUAUAAACAAUCUAGAUUGUUUGAUUCAAAUAUUUUAUUGAACAAUCAUAGUAAUGAUGUGAAAUCUAACAAGAAUAAUAAUUCGCAACAUAUGGUCAUAGAAGAAGGAGAAGAAAGAAAAGAAGACGAAGAAGAAGAGAAAGAUGAUGAUACUCAAGAAACAGAAGAUGAAGACAAGGCAGAAUUAAAAUGUGAAAAUGUUUAUCCAAUAGAUCCAAAUAAACAGGGAAUAAUUCAAAAAGGUCAAUCUUAUGAAGAAUUUCUAGCAAAAGCAACAUUCAGCAUUGAAGAUUCAACUUAUGAUCCAGUUAAUGAGUCCAAUGAACAUGAAUCUGAAUAUGAUUCAAAAAUCUUAAAAAACAAUAUGAAUAUAAAUGAAGAUAUGAGAUCAUCAAAUAAGUUAUUUGAUUCAACAAAUGCUAAUCUACUUUCAUCAUGGACAACAUAUAAAACGGAAGACUUAGAGGAUGACAGUUUUUAUGAUUGACAAAUAAAAAUGUCUAUAUAACACAUUUCUUCUUUCCUAGGAUAAUGAUGAUAAUAUUAGUGAAAUAACGCUCAUAUUUCUCAGUACAAAG